GCCACGGGGACUCGGUUCUGCAGGGGUGGGGUGGCCACUGCGCGAAGCCGGGGACCCCACCCCCAGGCCAGGAGACUGGAAGGCGCCCCAGAAGCGCGGCCUGGGGAGGCAGAGGGACCAAGGCCCGCAGGCCUCCGGGGGCGGGGCGGGGCGGGGCGGCCGGCGCGCGGGGGAGGGGCCCGCCGCUAUAAAGGCGCGCCUCGCGGCCCCGCAGCAGCCCGGGACGCACGUGUGCGCGCCGCCCCGGCAGCCGCCACCGCGGGGCGCAGCGAGACCCCGCGCCUCCCCGGCCCCGGCGGCCCCGCGAGGCCCGCGGCGGGCGCAGGCGGCGGCAUGCGCGGCGCACGGCGGAGCUGACGCCGGCCCCCGGCCCACCCAGCCUUCGCCAUGCUGCGCUCGGCGCCGCCCGGCCGCUACCUGUACCCCGAGGUGAGCCCGCUGUCGGAGGACGAGGACGGCGGCAGCGAGAGCUCGGGCUCGGACGAGAAGCCCUGCCGCGUGCACGCAGCACGCUGCGGCCUCCAGGGCGCCCGGCGCAGGCCCGGGGGCCGCAGGGCCGGGGCCGGCGGGCCAGGGCCAGGGGGGCGGCCGGGCCGCGAGCCCCGGCAGAGGCACACGGCGAACGCGCGCGAGCGGGACCGCACCAACAGCGUGAACACAGCCUUCACGGCGCUGCGCACACUCAUCCCCACCGAGCCGGCGGACCGCAAGCUCUCCAAGAUCGAGACGCUGCGCCUGGCCUCCAGUUAUAUCUCACACCUGGGCAACGUGCUGCUGGCCGGGGAGGCCUGCGGGGACGGGCAACCGUGCCACGCCGGGCCAGCCUUCUUCCAUGCCCCGCCCGCGGGUAGCCCGCCGCCCCCGGCCCGAGACUCUGAGAACGCGCAGCCCAAACAGAUCUGCACCUUCUGCCUGAGCAGCCAGAGGAAGCUGAGCAAAGACCGGGACAGGAAGACGGCCAUUCGGAGCUAGGACGAGGACCAUGGAAGCGCAGCCUGGCGUGGGCCCUGCGGGAGCCUGCCUGCCAGGCCUGCCCGGCCCCAGCCCUGAGUGGGGCCACCGGACACAAAUGGGGACACAGGGCACUAGCAGGGGCUGAGCUGCUCCGGCCGGCAGAACUCUGGGGCCUCCUGCCUGGUGCGCCUCCGGCUGCUGCAUGCUGCCAUCUGUCUCUGAAAGAAUAGAACGUCUGGAAAUGCCGUAAAACAGACUGUACUGCCCAGUGGAU